AUGUCGGACCUGACCUGUUGUGCUCACGACGAUAUCUUUUUCUUCCGCUUUAACAACAAGACCAACCAAACGGUGGCCGAUUUCCUCAACUUCUUGCUGUCGGCCGACACCGAGAUCCAAAGCGAUGGCACCAAAGUCAUCAGGAUCCUCAGCUCCAUCGUGUACUGGCUGGUGUGUGUCCUGGGGCUGGUGGGCAACCUCCUGGCCCUGUAUCUGCUCAGGUCCAAGUAUGCCCAGAAGAAGUCCACCACCACCAUCAUGGUCAUGGGCUUGGCUGUCACGGAUCUCCAGUUCGUCUUGACUCUACCCUUCUGGGCUGUGGACACAGCCAUGGACUUCAGCUGGCCUUUUGGCAAAGUCAUGUGUAAGGUUGUCACCUCGGUGACCCUCAUGAACAUGUACGCCAGUGUCUUCUUCCUGACAGUCAUGAGCAUCACUAGAUAUUGCUCGGUUGUCUCUUCCCUCAAGAUGAAGAAGCGAUCUGCUGGAUGCUCUGAUAAGCUCCUGUGUCUAUACAUCUGGGUGGUGGCUUGUGUAGCCACCAUUCCCCACGCCAUCUUUUCCACCACCGUCGCCAUUUCAGACGAGGAGCUGUGCCUGGUCAGGUUCUCGGACCUCCACAGCGACCAUCAGCUCUGGCUGGGGCUCUACCAGACCCUCAAGGUCCUACUGGGCUUUGUCAUCCCCUUGGUCAUCAUCUCGGUCUGCUACCUCCUCCUGCUGCGCUUCGUCAACAGCAAGAAAAUGAGCAGCAACAACCCCAGAAAGAAGUCCAAGGUCACCAAAUCGGUGGCCAUUGUGGUCCUGUCCUUCUUCAUCUGCUGGCUACCCAACCAGGCCAUCACGACGUGGAGUAUCAUCAUUAAGUUCAACUUGGUGCCCUUCACAGAAGCUUUCUACAUCACCCAAGCUUACGUCUUCCCCAUCACUGUCUGCCUGGCCCACAGCAACAGCUGCCUCAACCCCAUCCUCUACUGCCUCAUGAGAAGGGAAUUCAGAACAGGACUCAAGGAAUUGCUGGUGAAAUUCUCUCCACUCAGAAGGAUGCGUCCCUUGUUGGCCAACAUGGCACCCAGUAAGAAAAAAGGACAGGUUCCAGUCAUCAUAUCCAUGUCCAAGUAA